AUGGCUGAGAGCGGGGACGGCCGGUCCCCCUCAGACCCGCUCUCCGAGCCGAGCCCUGGCUCGCCGCCGCCGCCGCCUCCUCCGCUGCCGUUGCCACGCCUGGAGAAGCCGCUGCGCCAGGCCUUCUACAACACGGGGGCUCUGGUGCUGGCGGGGCUGUGCUGCGGGGCGGGCGUGCUGGUCUACUUCAUCCUGGAGGCCUUCCUGCGGCCGCUGCUGUGGGCCGUGCUGUGCGGCACUUUCCUGCACCCCUUCAAGAACUCCCUGACGGCGCUGGGCCGCGGCUGGCUGCGCCGCCUCCGCCGCUCCGGCACGCCGGUGCUGCUGGCCGCCCUCCUGCUGCCGCUCUGCUUCGCCAACACCGCCGCCGAGGCGCUGGGCAGGCAGGUGCUCCGGCGCCGCCGGCUGCUGCUGCUCCUGGGCGCCGGAGGACCCGCCUUGUACGGGCUCUACGCCCUCGGCACCUCCCUGGGGGUCCAGGUCGCGCUCGCCCAGGCUGCCCGGCUCAUCUGCCGAGGGCUGGACUGCUUCAGUAGCGUUUGGAUAUGGACCUUGAUAGCAGGCUAUCUGUUGACUGUAUUAUUCAAGUGGAACCCAAGUACCGAACGUUAUUUGAGAACAAUCUCUGUUCCUGUCUGGAUUAUACUGCUCUUCCAUUUGGCUUCUGCAGCAGGCUCUUGGAGGAUUCCAGUGUUUUUAGUUAUUGUUGUCUUAAUGACUGUGGGUAUGUUGCAUGAACAACCAAGUGAAAAAGAGACUUCAGGGGCAGAACUUCCUGGUCAGAUGAUUUUCAUUGCAGCAUCUACAAUUGCCAUGGCAAUAUCAGUUACAGGGUAUGAACCAAGUAAUGAAGAACAUACAUCACAACCCUCAGCAACUACAGAAAGUAAUGAUCCUUCUUCACCCACUGUGAGUGGCAGGCAGAGACCUGAGAUCAGAGCACUUCUUAAAAAGAAGAAAACCAGUGACAUCUAUUUUGUUAUGCUUGCAUGGGCCAUUGUAAUAGUCCAGAUCUGGUUGAAUCUUUGGAUAAUUCAGCUACUGCCAGUACCUGUUGCAGUGUGGAUUGUCAAAAAACUUGUGGUCCACUUUGGAGUAGUGAAAUUCUUGGUGAGUCACUGCAGCAGCUGGUGGCAUGUCCUAGAAGACUUUGUGAGAGAGCGCCAGGAAGCUCUUGCACCGCGGCCAAUCAAGGGGCUGGGAAGAGUCAUUUUAAAACUAGACAGUAAGCUGUGGCAUUGGCUUAAUAAGAAGAUGAUCGUGUGGUUGGAGAAAAUGCUAGAUAAAAUCAUUAGCAUAUUCAUUAUAUUUCUGCUAGUGAUAGGCACCCUUCUUCUAGCCCUGCUUCUCACAGCAAAGGUACAUCAAGAAAGUGUACAUAUGAUUGAAGUCACAAGCAGUUUGAUCAAUGAAACUGUAGUCAAUCAUCCAGAAUGGGCCAACUGGCUUCCUGAAGCUCAGGUUAUUCAAAAGGCUCUGAAUUCAGCUGCCAAUAAUGUAUAUCAAUAUGGUCGAGAAUGGAUAACGCAUAAGCUCCAUAAAAUAUUAGGAGAAAAAGUGAACAACACUGCUGUGAUAGAAAAGCAAGUUCUGGAUCUCUGGGACAGAUUAUAUCAUUCAUGGUUUGUAAAAAAUGUAACUCAUUCCGGAAGACCGAAAGGACAAAAGCAGCAUUUAAACCGGCAGAACAGCUGGCCAGGUGACAUGCUUGAUUGGCAAGAUGUUGCCUCAUUUGUUCAUGAGAACAUUGAGACGUUCCUUUCGAUCCUGGAAUCACUUUGGAUAGUGAUGAGUCACAAUGUCAGCCUCCUGUUCACCACAGUUACAACCUUAGUAACUAUCCUCUUCCACAGUGGCACCGCUCUUCUCAAUUUUGUGCUUUCACUGGUGAUUUUCCUGACCACAUUGUUCUACCUUUUAAGUUCCAGUGAUGAAUACUACAAACCAGUAAAGUGGGUGAUCAACUUGACCCCGUUAUCACAGCCUGGUCCUUCCUCAAAUAUAGUUGGCCAGUCAGUGGAGGAGGCAAUAAGAGGUGUAUUUGAUGCAUCCCUCAAAAUGGCUGGGUUCUAUGGACUAUACACCUGGCUGACUCAUACCAUCUUUGGAAUUAACAUUGUCUUCAUACCCUCAGCACUGGCUGCAAUACUUGGAGUUGUUCCAUUUCUGGGAACAUACUGGGCAGCCAUACCUGCAGUUCUAGACCUCUGGCUUGUACAAGGAGAAGGAUGUAAAGCUGUGCUCCUCUUGGUUUGCCAUCUGUUGCCCACAUACUUUGUAGACACAGCCAUCUAUUCAGAUAUAUCUGGAGGCAGCCAUCCGUACCUGACAGGCCUUGCGGUAGCUGGUGGAGCAUAUUACCUAGGACUCGAAGGCGCUAUCAUAGGACCCAUACUCCUUUGUAUACUUGUGGUUGCUUCUAAUAUCUACAGUGCUAUGCUUGUGAGUCCAACAAAUUCAUCGCCCACGCCAUCACAGAUACCUUGGCCUUUGCAGAUAUACCGGUCAUCUAGAGAAAGUCCCGAGGAAUUGAAAGUUGCCACAGAGUGACACACGUGCACAAUACUUAAUCUAUUCCGUAGAAUGAACUCCUGUUUCAUCUGUGAGCAUGGAGCUCAGGAGAGCAGUGGCCUUUGAUCUUUUCUCCAGCUGUGCCUAAUGACAGCUUUCACUGAUGCAGCAUUCACUUAAGAGCAUACCCAGUGACAUACAUGUUGCCAUAGGUCAUUACAUAUGUUGCCUUUGCAAGUGGAAGUGACGGCUGCGUGUUUGCUUAUUUCACAGACCUAGGAUUUGGGUGCUUGGAUUGCAAAAUGAUUUCACUCCCAAAAAACCUUGUGCCAGGUUUUGUUUACUUGAAUCUAGAUUGUCGCCUGUUGAAAUUUCUAAUUGGCUAUUUAUAUUUUGGUUAUGUUCAUAAUUAAAAGUUAAAAACCCACAGCGUUUGCUUUUAGACUAUUGGCUUUGUCUCAAGGAUAUCCAUAUUUGUAUAGCUGUUAAGCCAAAAGGUGAGUAGUUUUGUCCUGCUAAGGAUUUAUUAUUGCAAUUUUAUGGUCACCUUUCCAAUAAAUUACCCUUACUGUUGAUAUGCUAGCACUAUUGAUCUUGUCAGGAUGCUAUUAGUAACAGCUGUGUAACAGACAUAUAAAAUUAUUUUUUGUGCAGCUUGAGGAGUAUCUUUGUUCAAAACAGCUUUGUGACUUAACCUUUUCAGCUAAUCUCAGUUUUCACAAAUAGCUAUGCUGAUAUAUUUGACAGAUCCCAAAGUCGAUAACAGACAAUGUACUGAAAAUAAUUUGUGAAGAUUAACCAAGGUGCUUAAAUAUUUUCAGGGAAAUGUAGUAUUGGAUUAAUGUCUAGUUCUUACUAUUUGUUGAGAAUUUGGAUGUUAUUUACACUAGUUUUCAAAAAGUAUUAACAAAGUAAAUCAGGAUGAAAAGAGAAAUAUGUUCCACAGAUUAUCUGGGUAUAUAUUGGUAAGGAAUAUGACUGUCAGCAUCAAGUUUAAAAAGUCUCUGUAGGCUAAAGUGUGUAGCAGAGAUAUGUUCCAUACUGGCUACAAAUUCUUGACUUGAAAUAUUGAUUUGUUAGCAUCAGAGAAAAUGAUGAUUUUUAUGAUGUAAAUGUUGAGAUGAUAAAUUAAGCACGCUGAAAAGUACUUGUCUAGUGAAUGGGUUUAAGGCAAACCUGUCAGCAAGCACUUUUAACGGAUAUGCUUGUUUUAAACAAAAUAAACCAUAAUAUCAACAAAGUCUACUUCCAGUUUUAGUCUGAGUUUCUAGGCUAGUAGAUCUUACAUCAUGCACCUACUGCAUGUAUUUAUACUUCUAUAACUUCCAAUACACAAAUCUAUCAACAUCAGACUAUCCAGAAACCAAACCAAAGAAUUCGAUUCUAUCCACAUUACAGAGGUCAUGAAACAACUUUGUUAUGAGAGUGUAUAUCUUAUGGACAGUAUUAGGACCAGUACUUUUUUCCAUGUAAAAUAUAAACAUUGCUAUUUUAUUGUGGAUUAAAUCCAGUCCACUGCACUGCAGUGUCUGCAUGCAGACAAACUCCCAUAACCGCAAGCAUAAUGUUCUGGUUCUCUUUCCACCCCACUGGCACAUACAGGCACCAUGCCUGGUGGUUACAGGAAAUGGAUGCCUAAACACUGCAACGUUUAGGCAUCCUAAACAUUCCUGCCUGCCCACUCAACCACAGAACCUAAAGUUCUCAUUCCUUACCUGAUUGAGGGAGGCUGCCUGUCUGGCAAUAUGGAAGACCCACCACACUCCAUAAUGACCCGGUUUAGUACCUGCUUGUGUAUUCAGGAGUAUACAUGCAUGCUGAGGGUGGGAAGGCGGAAAUAGGACUCUUAUAUCCUCUGGCUAUCCCUCUGCAUGCAUCUGCUGCAUCUGUAGUGGGCUGAAACAAACCCUAUAUGUGCAAGAGUUAAAAUGAAAGACUAUAUAACCAUCCUGAUGUAUCAAGAGCUAAGUUUCCAUAAUAGAAUCCAUUUAUUGGCAGAAAUGUUGUACAUGUGUAUUUUAAUGGUCACAUUGUACAAGUUGCAGGUACAACUAUCAAAUUUGUCUGUUUUUGUAACAUAUGUCUUGAGCAUUACAGUUUGUAUUCUUUCUCCCCACCCCCUUGACUUAGUAAAUUGAACCUUUUUAUUUGGGUGAGUCUGAGAUCAACUCUUGUUUGUGUUGAAAUAAAUGGGCACAAUGAAUUGUUUGAA